AUGCCUGCAGACCGCAUCGAAGAAGAAGGAGGCACUAUUUCCCACAUGAUCAAUCUGGACGACUCCCCACAGCCAAGUUAUCCAUCGCAAGACCAGGAGAGUCAGCAAGUCAGUCCUCCAGAGAUUAAUGAACCAGAACAGGCCUACGUCGGUCGUACCGAAGUGCUCGGCAAUGUGACUUUUGAUGAGUCUCUCGUGAGGGGGAACCAUGAACAGCACGACACUCCUUCUAGCUUCCCCCUCCUUGACUCCCAGGUGCUUACCAUGCACAAGGCCUUGGACCUGCCCGAGCCAACAACAAGAAGAGAGUUGGUUGAUCAUUUCAUGGAAUCUUGCUGGCCGUGGACUCCAGUCGUGGAUGCGGCCUGGCUGGGCGACACGGCCGGCCGCCCGACGUCCCCCCUACUCUUGCAAGCUGUGUUCCUGGCCGGAAGUCGAGUCGCGACCGAGGAGGCCACGGCCGCAUCUGGAGACUUCUUCCGAAAGGCCAAGGUUCUCUUCUUUCAUCAGCACGAGCCUAGGCCGCUCAUGUCUGUAGUGGCGGCCAUUGUUCUGCAGUGGUGGUCACCAACAGGCCCAGAGCAGGUGUCACACAGUAACAGCGGUUUCUGGGUGCACAUUGCCGUGGGUCUCGCCUACCAGAUCGGCCUCCACAAAGAACCUAAGAAGGGGCCGUCAAGCGCGUUGAGACGGAGAAUCUGGUGGUCCCUCGUGUGCAGGGAUAUCCUUAUAUCCGUCGGUGUCGGACGUCCUCGGACGAUCAAUCUCGAAGACAGUGACGUCCUUCCUCCCUCAAUUGCCGAUUUCCCAAGGCCAGAUGCCCAAGCCCGGCUCUUUGUGGCAUAUGUCGAGAUCUGCCAAAUACUCGGAGACGUAGUUCAGGACCGUCGACGUGGAUGGCUGUCGCUGGCGAAGAAGGAAAUUUACGAGGCUCUUCUCUACAGAUGGACUCGCGAACUCUCGUCAGACUUGCGCCUGGUCCUCGAAAAGGAUACCAAGGUGCGGAAUGUGUACGAUGUUGGUUCGCGGCAGCUUCAUGUGGUUUACUUUGUUGUCCUCAUUAUCCUUUCCAGCUCUGAUGGCUCCAAAGCGCCUGCAACCGCGUCUAUGGUGGCAGCAUCGUUCAUCGCUGGGAUACAUUCUGAGUUUACGGAGCACGCUGACAUUCGACGAUUGGGUCCGAUUUUCGCAUUUUAUUUGCUUACGGCCGCUCUGUCGCUCCUCCCGGCCCUCAAAUACGCUUCACUCGCCGAGUCUGCAAUGCAAGACUUCACCAGCAUCUACGAAGUGCUGUGGCGGCUCUCUAAGAAAUGGGGGUCAGCUAAAGGUUUACUGAACCCUCUUCUGGCCGCCAAGCGCUCUGCAGAAGCCCAGCCAAGGCUGCACUCAGCUCCGGCGCCCAUGACCGUCACCAUGAGGCCUCUCUUCCACGAAUUGGGUUCCUCUGGCUUGUGCCGUGUCUGGGACAUGUGCUGUCCGGCCUCAGCUGACACAUCCGCAAACUUCCCCGAUGAGCAACGCGCGGCCGGCAACAUGACCAACGAGAUGGCCCCGUCAGCACCCGAGACGCCCCAUGCUCCGCGGAAUGACUUCCUCGAUGAACUGACAGACGAAAUAGAGGGCUAUUCUGCCCUGCACCAAUGGCAACUAGACCUUAACCAGUAUUGGAACGAAUUAAUGGACUCGUGGACAUUCUCAGGAGCCUUCAUAUGA